AUGCUACAGGAAACUGCAUAUUGGCAUAAUCUAAAUAAUCCUGAUGUGGAUAUCCCCAUACUGACUAGUGAACAAGAUAUCUUAGAUUCUGUUGUUGUUGUGUGGUCUCCUCCACCUCAACCUAAAAUGAAGAUUAACUUUGAUGGCGCAGCUGGCCCAGGAGGAUAUGCUUUUGCUGUAGUAGCAAGAAAUACCCACUUUAGAGUUGAUGGUUGUCAAGCAAAAGUACUGGAAAUCAUGUCCCCAGUGGAGGCACAAGCUUAUGGAGCACUGUUGAGCAUUGAGCUGGCUAUCAGCAACGGUCUCACGCAAAUUAUUAUUGAAGGUGACUCUUUUGCUGUGAUUAAUGCUCUCAGAUAUCACAACCCUCACACUCCUUUGCGUAUAAAGAACACUAUCUCCAGAUCUAAGGAUAAGUUAGAACAUUUUUCUUCAGUUGAAUUUAGUUUCAUCAAAAAGGAGGCCAAUGUUAUGGCACGGUCCUUAGCAGCUUAUGUUGUUGGAAACCAUUUGUCUCAACAAUAG